GAGGGGGAGAAAACCCUGUUCUUUCCGUCCUUUCCGUGCCGGCGCCCCCACCGCCACCGAGCCCUUCCCCUCUCGCCUCUUUCCUCCCUCCACCCCCUAUUUUCAUCUCACCACAAGCCAGAACCCUUCCGGCACCCCCUCGCCGAUCCGCCAGCUUCUCCUCCACCUUUGCCAUCUCUCCCACGCUCUCUCUUUCCCACGCUCUCUCUCUCAUCUUUUCUUUUUUCUUCCCUUUUUCUCUUAUUCCUCUUCUUCUUCUUCUUCUCCCUCCCGAACUCUCUCUCCUGCCAAGCUAAAAAGAAAAGAGAAGAAGAAGGGAAAAGAAACCCUCCCGAACUCUCUCUCCUGCCAAGCUAAAAAGAAAAGAGAAGAAGAAGGGAAAAGAAAGAGAAGGAAAGGCUUUCUCUCUCUUUCUCUCUCUCUUUCCACCCGUGUGUGUGCUAGAGGGUAAAGGGAUUUUCCCUCUCACUCUCUCUUGCUCUUUCUCUCUAUUUGAGCUAGUCCUAGAGGAGUCUUUAGUGUGCCAGCUCUCACUUCCCACCCUGUGACAGGAUACAGAGAAAGGUCUUGAGGAACCCUAGGGAGAUGCGUAGAUUGCUGGGUCAUUGACAUCUACAAGAUCUAAGGUCCAAAGGCUAGACUUGUAUUGGCAUUUUGGGGAGAUAUUAGAGAUGGCAUUUAGAGGCCGUGGUCGGGGUAGAGGUCGGGGUAGAGGUGCACUUUAUGACACUCGAAUUGCUCACCAUGUGCCUUAUGAUGAUUUUCCGGAAGAUGUUAGUUUGCCUGAUGCACCUAAUAUUAGUAUUAUACCAAAUGAGGCAAAAGCACUUAUAGCUUCAAAAGUACGGUUGGAGAAUUUUUGGAAACACUCUUCCUAUUACUUGCAAGAGGCAGCUCCCAAAACAAAAAGCCAACAUGCAGAGAUAGAGCGGUUUUCUGACAGGUUCAAGACAACGAAGCAUUCAAAACGUGAAUCUCUUGUGGAUUAUCUAAAACUAACUCCUUCAAAUUUCCCUCCUGAACUAAUUCAUGGUUCAAGAAGAGUGCAACAUGAUAGUAAGAGAUUGCGAUGGGAUCAUGAUUCAGAUGAACGAUUGUUUGAUGAUUUUGCAAAGCUUGAAGAGACAUACAAGGGAAGAGAUGAGAAUGUGGUACAGGAGAAAAAAGGUGAUAGUGAAGAAGAGGAAGAUGCAGAAAAAGAGGUGGAAGAAGAAAGCACUGAUGAUGAUGACUAUAAUCAGAACAUAGAUUUUGACGAUGAUGAAGAUGAUUGGAACAUGGAAGAACAGGAACAUGAAGAUACGUAUGAGUAAGGGGCAUAUUAUGCAACUGGAUGUUGGGACGGUGCGUAAUUUCAGAUCAUCUUUUUCUUUUUUUUUGACCCUUCUUUUUUCGAAUAAAUGGUUAUUUCUUUCGGUUAUGUGUAAUUUGUCAGCUAAAGAAGUGGGAUUAUUCUUUUGAUGUAUCAUGUCAUCAGGCUCAAAUGUGUAAAUUUCUACUUAUUAUCAUUUUUGAAGGAUAAGUUAAUUCACCUUGGAAAAAAUGUAAUUUUAACUAUUCCAUUGGUCAGCUAAUCAAGAGUGUGCAUGUAAUCUGGUUUUGCCUGGGGAGGUCUUCUUUCUCCGCCUCUCUCUUUCCUUGUGACUGCUGACUGUUACAAUAAAAUAUUAAGGCACAGGCCUCCGCACCUGGAAGAUCUUAUCAGGCCAAUAAGAACUUUCAGCAUCUAAAACAGGUUCCAAAUGCUUCAGAAGUGCGAUCAAUUCAUGGAAUUCCUCAGUGCAAACCAUUAAAGCUUCAACUUAGUUGCGAUUGAGUUCAUGGUUCUACCAAACAAGAAAGUGGUCUGAUGCUGAUGUGCUUCCAACUUCAUGUUCCUGGUUACUGUAGCAGUUGGAUAACUAAAUGUUAUUAUGAAGUUUGCAUGAGAUGUCAGCGAUGAACUUUUGCAGAGACAUAAAUCCACAGGGACUAGACCAUAUUUUAGAGAUUAUGGCCAAAAUGGUCUUAUGGUGUGUGUUAAGUAGCAUUGCAAGCCAAGAUGGAGAACAAUUGGUUGUCUAUAUUGCAGAAGCCAUAUGUUGUUAAGCUUUCUUUAUUAGAGUUUCUUGUUCCAUUUUGUGAAACUAUAGAGAUAAGAAAUUUGACAGGAUGAAUAGUUGACACUUCGGUAUUAACUUAGGGAUUGACUCUUUAUCUC